CUGCUUUACAACUCGUACUGGGCUACAUUGACCUCGCAAUUUAAAACGUCUCGGUCCACCAGAGAACUUAGUUAGCCCUUGCCCAUCAGAUUUGUUCUCAAUACCAAACAACCCUUUGCAAUAAAGUAACCUCAAUCGUCUGCUGGCCUCUUAAGACAACCCUCCUUGCACGGCUUAGAAUAAGACGGACAAUAUGUUGAUCCGUCUUUUCCCUUACCAGCUACAACGUUCGGUUGAAACACUUCAACUUCCAGUAACACCUUCCUUUUCCCAUAAGAAUGGCCGUCCAUUGAUACAUAUCGGUCAAGAGGCCUCGAAAAGCAGGACACCAACAAUACAAUGGACGCGAAUCUCCUCGGUUCGAAAUACUGGCCGGUCCACGUCCAACGGGUCUCUGGAGACGUCCGCACGACUUUCUUCAAAUGUGUACGGUGGCAAGUCGAAGAAACGCUCGACCCCAUUGAUUGCCCAUACCACUACUACUGCGACAGCACCUACCUGGGCGAUUAUUCCCGGGUCGUCGAUGGCCUCGUCCUCCUAUUUUCAGUGGCUUCUUAUCUCGUAACACUGAUCAUCAUGAUCCUGGAAGUAUCUGGGAAGGGUAAAUCGCGCCUUUGCAAAUUGAAGAGGUACUUGCUUCCGUCCAGCCCGCUUUCCCUCUCGGCAGUGCUGCUGAUCCUUGCCAAAGGCCACCGAAUAAACUCCAUCUUCCCAGUUUCCUGCAUGGGACCGGCGAUAUUCCGUCUUGCGCUCAUAUCUGCCCUUGCGUUUGACGAAGGUAUGGUCGGUGACAUCAAGUACGUCAUUUUUCAGGCAUCGACAAUGUCUGGGAUACUUCAUGCGAGUCUAUAUCUGGACUCUGUUCUUUUACCUUACUACACAGGUUUUGACGCUCUAGUUUCCUCAACUUUCUCUCGCGAGUGCGAAUCCUGUGUUUGUCGCAGAGAGGUUUUAGUUGUCGGAGGGACGUUAGUUACCUACAGGGCCUGGUCAAUAACCAGCUUUCUUGUCGUGGGUGCUUUGUGCCUGAGAGUAAUAUGCAGGGUGGGCAGUGACGUUGGCAAGAUCACGUAUAUUUUGAAACACUCGCUUGAAACCUUAGGUUUAGCGUCGGUGGUGUUGGACUCCAUGUAUUUGCUGAGAAAUUCUCCACCGGAAAGGAUUUUGCUCCGAACUACUGCUGCAGGAGCCGAGUUAACCUUAAUUUGCAUAUAUGUAAUAGGAAGGAUAUGUGCUCGCCUUCGGCAAUCGCAAUUGCAGCAUGAGAAAUGAGAAGUUUUCCAAAUUCAAGAA